UUGCAGCCGACUGCAUUGUGGCGUUGUCGUCGUCGCAGUUGUCGCAAUUGUCCGUAGACCCUGAGCCAACGAUAGACGAAGCAUUUUCGAUCCAGACACUGACGUUUGAUACUACUGCUUACCGUGUUGCCGAAUAAGGAAAUAGAGCUACAAGACGCACGUCACGGUGGCUAGAUUUACGGUGGGCCAAGUUAACGCAGGUGUAUAAACAUAACUAUAACGGACUGUGUCUGUGCUGUACGUCCCUGUCUGUCUCAUUACGUAACGCCGGAUCGCUAACUUGUAUAUUCAACCUGUAAGACCGCUACGAGCGGAGAGAAACAGCAUCUGUAUUCAGCUGAUCUUUGACGGCGGUCUGCAGAUGGUGGCAGCGACUGAUGAUUCCUCCGGGACGACCGCCUCAUCCCCGGAGGCGAAAGUUCAAUUGACUCUCUACUACCAUCGAUACUCGUUCUACUCCCAAAAGGUUCUCCUGGCGUUGUACGAGAAAAAAUUGGACUUCAAACUUCGCGAGGUUGACAUAACUCGAGGGGAGCAAUACGGAGCUUGGUUCCUGGGGUUGAAUCCACGCGGGGAAGUUCCGGUACUCCAAGACGGUGAUAAAAUAAUACCAGAGUCGGUCCGUAUAAUCGAUUACCUCGAGGAUCAUUUCACCGGUGACAAUGUGCCGUCCCUCGUCCCGUCGGAAGCCUCGAGCAAACAGAAGAUUCUCGAGUUGCGUAAGGUGCUCGAUCAGCUUCCCGGGAAUGUGUUGACCGUUGGCUCGUUUCACCAUAAAAAAUUCGUUGACAAACCGAAGCUCCCGUUCAUCGGACCCGUACGAUGGUUGUUGUCACGGGCCGAAGAAACCAGCGCUGAAACUCUGCGCAUAAAUGCUGAAAAAAUUCCAGCGGCGCGCGAAGUUCUACUGAGAAAAGCCGCCGCUCAAGAAAAAACUCACGAAAUUGUUCAGGACAAUGAUAAAUUCAACGACGCUUUGGCCCAGGUUGAAACAGCGCUUGAAAAAGUAGAAGAAGCUCUGAAACCAGGCCCGUGGCUUGGCGGGGAACAAUUCACCGUUGCUGAUGUCUCUCUGGCUGUUUUGUUAGAGAGGAUGUCGGGUCUGGGUUUGGACGGGAGACUUUGGGGCACUAGGACAGAUAUCAAAAAUUAUUACGACAGACUGCAGCAGAGGGAAAGUUUCAAGGCAGCCGUUCCGAGAGGCUGGUUACCCCUGCUCUCUCUGGCUCAAUGGCAAACGCCAGCCACUGUAACGGCCGUCUGUUCAGCCGUAAUUGCCGGAUUUCUUUGGUUCAAGAAGAGGCACUGACGCUCUUAUCUCGUUCCGCCGAUCAUUCAAAUAUACGCAUAAAAUCCGAUAUUUGUUAAUUAGGAAAUAUAACGACGUUCUAGACAUUUAUGUAUGUGUGUGUAUGUAUACAUAUAUAGAUAUGAUAUUAUAAAUAUACUGUGCACAAA